CCAGCCCGCCAGCCCAAACCCAAUCCCAAAUAAGCAAAACCCAAAAACUGAAUAAUCCAUCAAUCCUCUCCGACAUCUCACUUCUCUUCACACAAUCUAUUCAUCCAGUUAACACCAAAACCAGCCUUUUCCACGUCAUCAUCGGCACGACUCGGCGCCUACGAUAGCUCCACUACCAUCCGUGUUCCCCGCCUGAGAAGUAGUUAGAUCUUGGACAAUGCAGAGAACGACGCAGUAUGCGAGGUUGGCUCAGUCGUUGGUAACAGGGCGAGGGUUUUCCACUUCAACAUCGAAGAGCAGCAAUGAUAAGAUUGUAGCUUCAGUGGUGUUCGAGAGGCUCCCAGUUGUCAUCCCUAAAGUUGAUCCUGCCGUCUAUGCUUUUCAAGAGUUCUCGUUCCGAUGGAGGCAGCAAUAUCGGCGGGAAUACCCAGAAGCUUUCUUGAAAAAAUCUGAUACCAGGGGAAAAGGUGAUUAUCAAAUUGAGUUCGAACCAGCUCCACGGAUCACUGAGGCAGAUAAAUCUAACAACCAAAGGUCAUUACAAAGAGCCCUAGACCAAAGACUAUAUCUUCUCCUCUAUGGCCCAACAUUUGGUUCUCCUAGUGGCAAAAGUGUCUGGCAUUUCCCAGAGAAAGUUUAUGCAUCCGAAAAGACUCUGCGCGAGUGUGCAGAAUCUGCAUUAAAAUCUGUGAUUGGAGAUCUUUCCCACACUUAUUUUGUUGGAAAUGCUCCAAUGGGCCAUAUUGUUAUACAGCCUGCGGAGGCUGAACAGGGCAUUAAUUCUUUCAAGCGCUUCUUCUUCAAGUCUCAAGUGAUCGCUACGAACAAGUUUAAUAUUAAAAUGUGCGAAGAUUUUGUCUGGGUGACAAAGGAAGAACUGUUGGAGCAUUUCCCUGAGCAAGCCGAAUUCCUAAACAAAAUGAUCAUCAGCUGAUAUUUUAUGUCUUUGUACUACUUAGACGCAUGGAAUAAUUUUCUUGAAAAUUUGUUGUUAAUUCAUUGGAUUUGCCUGUGUUUCCCAAAGUACCUUCUUGUAUCCCUGUGAGUGGAAUGAAUUUUGACUCUUUAAAAGUUGACUAUGGGGUGGUUAAGCUGUGAGUGGCCGCAUUUAUUUUGCCCGGUCCUAUUAGAGCAUUUGAUGAAAAUAGUGAAUUUUUGGCCUC